CGCGCGCGGAUGCCGCGCCCCUCCCUGCCUUAGCUUCCUGGCUGUCAAACUCCGCCGCGCCCUUGAGCCAGCAGACCCUGAAGGGCCGACCUGGACCUGAGACCAAAGACUGCACGAAGGAGAUUGGACGCUUGGGGGAGGACCCAGCUCAGCUAAGGCGCCACAGACGGAUGCGCUGCUGCUGCUGUGCUGCACCUAGACCUUAAGGGUUUUAAGAUUGCCAACCUGCUGAAAAACCAGUUUUGCAUUGAAUUUGCACUACUUGGCUGUGUAUGGGAAGCUGAAAUUACGCACAGCACAACCCACCUGCAGCAGACUAAUUUAGCGAGCCCGCCGGCCGGCCAUGGCCUCCUAAGUGGAAGAGGGCUGCGGAGGACCACUGCCCAUGCUGCCCUGCUUCCAGCUGCUGCGAAUAGGGGGCGGCAGGGGUGGGGAUCUCUACACCUUCCACCCACCCACUGGCGCGGGCUGCACCUACCGUCUGGGCCGCAGGGCGGACCUGUGUGAUGUGGCCCUGCGGCCCCAGCAGGAGCCCGGCCUCAUUUCUGGGGUCCACGCGGAGCUGCAUGCCGAGCGCAGGGGUGAGGACUGGAGAGUCAGCCUGGAGGACCACAGCAGCCAAGGGACUUUGGUCAAUAAUGUCCGGCUCCCCAGGGGACACAGGCUGGAGCUGAGUGACGGUGACCUCCUGACCUUUGGCCCUGAAGAGCCCCCAGGUUCCAGCCCCUCGGAGUUCUACUUCAUGUUCCAGCAAGUCCGGGUUAGGCCUCAGGACUUCGCUGCCAUCACCACGCCUCGGGCACGAGAAGCUGGGGCUGGGGCUUGUUUCCGGCCCAUGCUGCCCUCCCAGGGGGCCCCGCAGCGGCCCCUCAGCACCCUGUCCCCUGCUCCUAAGGCCACACUGAUCCUCAACUCCAUUGGCAGCCUCAGCAAGCUUCGACCCCAGCCCCUCACCUUCUCCAGGGGUGGAGGUGGGCCCCAGAGCCUGCCUGUUCCCGCCAUACCCCGGGAAGGGGGCCCCACACCUGGCCCACCCCCAAGAAACCGGAGGAAGUCAGCUCACCGAGUGCUGGCGGAGCUGGAUGAUGAAAGCGAGGCUCCCCAGAGCCCCCCCAUACUUCCAGAGCCCAGGAAGAAGCUCCGGGUGGAGAAGGCCACAUCGACACCCGGAGGGAGGCAGUGACUCCAAGGAGAGGUUGCUGUGGAUACUGGUUCAGGGCCGGACCCAGGCCCUAGUGGCCAACAUGCGGUGACGGAAGCUGACUUCCUGCCAAGGAAAAGCGUGCUGCCUUCAGAAUGUCACCCUUACAGGAUACAAGGCCUUGUCACUGUGGACCCCAGCGUCCGGCAGCACCUGGCAGCACCCGCAAUGGGAGAGCGAGCGUGUGCCACCCAAGGAGC